AAAUAAGAAAAAGACUCAAAGGAGAUUCAAGCAGGUUUGGGGGAUUCUCUUCUGAACUUGGCUUUUAAGACCCUGAAGGACUUUGGGAACCUGUGGUCACCGAGGCGAGGAGAGGAGAUAGGACCAUGCAGCUGUCCCUUGCUCUGCUCCUUCUCAUCCUCCCAGGCUACUCCAAUGCUGGGAGUACAAUCAUCGGUCCAGGAGUGGUUAGGGGCCCGGAGAGAGGAUUAUUGACUGUUCACUGUCUUUAUGACUCAGAAUGGAAAACCUACAGAAAAUGGUGGUGUCGAGGGGCUAAUUGGGGAAGCUGUGAGAUCCUUAUUGUGACCACUGGAUCAGAGGAGGAGGUAUGGAUGGAUCGCUUGUCCAUCAAGGACAAUCACAAGGACCAAAGAUUCACAGUGACCAUGGAGAAGCUCACAAGAGGUGAUGCCGACACUUACUGGUGUGGGAUUGAGAAAAGUUGGACUGACCUUGGGGUCCAAGUGGAGGUGAUGGUUGACCAAGGUUCCUCCACUGACAACAUUGCAAUCACCAGUCCAAGACCAACAAGCCGCCAGAAGCAGGGUAGUGACACUCAGAAAAACAACACCUCCCCUGUGACCACAGACAAGCACAGGACAGAUGACCAUGAUACUUGCGUAUGUGGAAUAAAGAAAACUGGAACUGAACUUGGGGUGCAAGUUAAGGUGACCAUUGACCGAAGUGAGGGAGUGUGAUGUAAACCUCAGAGCCUGCUCUGCCCUGGUCCCUGAAUUCCCCAUCAAGUGUACUUACUGUCCCUCAGCAGUCUCUGGGGCAGAGGACAGAAUCCUAAGGUCCCACUUGAGUGUAAUGUCACUCGGCAGUGUCUGGAGCAGAGGACAGUGAGUCCUGAGGUCUUGCUAUGCUUUGCUGUGCUUGCCAUGGUUUGAAUAUUUGUCCCCUCUAAAACUCCUUAGAAACACAAUCCCUAAUGUGGCAGGAAUGAGAGGAGGGGCCUUUAACAGAUGACUCUGCCCUGGGGAAUGGACUGACCAUUCAUGGCCAAUUGAUGAGUGGGUGUCAUAGAAUGAGGCCGAGGGCUGCACAAGAAGAGGAUUUGAGACCUGAGAUGCCACAUCCAGCCCCUUCAACGUGUAAUUCCCUGCAUAGAGCCCUGCUGGCAAGAAGGCUAUCACCAGGUGGGGCCCCUCCAGCUUGGACUUCUCAGCCUCUGCAACUGUAUGAAAUAAAUUCCAUUCCU